UCAUGCCUGCCGCUGCCGCUGCGCUCCUGCCGCCGGGCCGCCAACUCGGCGGGUGAGCCCCUCCUCGACACCCAGGAUUUCUCCCCCACCACUACCGGCAGCAUGGAGAGCAUGCAGGAGCUCCAAAACCCACUCUUGGCCAAGGCCAAUGGGCACCUGCAUAGCAGCUAUUCUUACCACCAGCAUCACAGCCAGGACUACCCCAGCCAUCGCUGCCAAGGGAAACUGUAUUCCUACAUCUUCCAAAACACUGGUGGUGCCAGGACUCACCAGCUGCUGGAUGCCAGUUCCCUGCAGCUGGCUGUUGAAGCUUUGUACGGCCCCAGUUUCAUCCUCGUGAAGGAUGAGACCACUCUUAAGGCCAAGGACAGCAAGAUGGAGAGCUGCGAGACCACCUUUACGGAAAGCAAAGAGGCUCCACCUGAAGCUCCUGAAGCGCAUGAGGCACAAGGGUCCUGCCUGGUGGAGAGCGACAUCCGCAUCCAGACUGUGUCCUAUGAGGUGGAGGAAGAGGAGCUCCAGGAGUACGAGAGCGACUCCUCCAGCGACAGUGAAAGUGAGGACCAUUUCCUGAUGCUUCCCCCACGCGACCACCUGGGCUUGGCCCUCUUCUCCAUGCUGUGCUGCUUCUGGCCCUUGGGGAUUGCUGCCUUCUACUUCUCACAAGGGACCAGCAAGGCUGUCUCCAAAGGAGAUUUCCACCUGGCCAGUUCAGCUUCCCGCCGAGCGCUCUUCCUCGCCGCGCUCUCCAUAACCAUCGGCACAGGAGUGUACAUCGGGGUGGUGGUAGCGCUGAUCGCUUAUCUCUCCAAAGGGGGCCACGUAUAGCUGCCAUCUGCACAUCAGCCCUGUCCCCACCCACUGGCCCUCAUGGGAUGGAGCUUUCCUGUGGAGCACAGGGUGCCAGUGCCUGCAAGGGGGCUGCUUGCACAGCAGGACUCUGCCUUGGAUGCCCUAUGCAAGCUCUUUCCCCUUUCAGAAAAACAGCAGACCCCCAUUCUCCCUGAGGCUGUGGGGUGUAACCACCUAACAAUAGGGAAUUGGGCACCAGCCCGGCUGCAGGGACCAGAAGGAGCACAUUUUCCAGGUGAAAGACAUGCAGGAGAGACAUUGCAUGCUGCUGCUGGGCUGGUACCACCACCCCUGAUGCGGGGCCAUGGAUUCUCCUCCCAGCCUCGCAGCUGGGAGAUCCACCCCUGGUGCUCAGCCUUGGCCCAUGAAGGGGGCACGCACGGAGGAGAAGGAAUAUGGUGCCAGGGAAUGACCACUCUUUCUUCUGGGAGGCCAGGGUGCUGGAAAGGGGGAUCUCCAGGCUCCUGUGAUGGGGACAACAUUCUCAUUUCAGUGCCACAGGGUGGCACCUGCCUCUCAGCUGCAGCCAAGGAAGAGGGCACAUCAUGGUCAUGACCAAAAGACAUGCUCUUCACAUCCCUCUGCAGACAGAUUCCUGGUCCACAGGAGAACAUUCCAGCCACUGGCUCAUCCCAGACCAGAAACAAGGAGGAAGGCAGGCUGGUGGUUGCACACCAUCACUCCCAUUGUUGGAAUAAGCUGGCAGAGACAGCAAUGUUUUCUCCAUGUUAAUAGUGACUAUAAUGAUAAUUGCAAGUCAGAGUUCCUGUAAGGUCAGUGUCCCACAGUGCUGGGCUCUGAAGAUGCUUGUAAAUGGCAAUUUCUACCCGAGACGAGACCUGGGACGGGUGGAGGCCUGAAGGACUCCACUCUUGACACUUGGUCAGGGCCUUGUACAUCAAGAGAAAUGGAAAGAAAAGACCAACAAGACACACAGAGCCCAGGGUGGGAAUGCUGUUUGCAAGGGAAUGAGAUCCAAAGGAUGAGAACUUGGAGGGAGCCCGGAACACAGGGGCUGACCCAAAAACACUUCUUCCCAUGCCUCGGAGAGGGGUAUCUUCAUCCUUCCAAAAGCCUCUGCUGACAAGGAAGUCCCACGCAUCCCCACUUACAUCUCACUUUUGCUAAUUCGUGUAUUGUCAGCAACAGUCAGGUGCUUCAGAGGUGGGUGUGAUGACAAUGACUGCCUCAGGGGGCUGGUGUUAAAAGGCCCUGCCUCACCCCUGCUCUGCAGCAUCCACCUUGAUGCUCCCUUCCUGCUCCCUCCUUCCCCAGUGUACAGAGGGCUGCAGGCAGACUCUGAGUGCCUGUCACCCCCUUCCUGGGGUUUCUGGGCAGGCUGCAGCUGGCUCUUCAAGAGAUGCAGCAUGUUCUCCAGCUGGGUGCCAUUCAAAUGUACAUUUCAUCUUUAAGAAGCAUGUUAAUGUCUGCGAUGCUGUUGUACUUGAGCCAUAAAAGAGAGAAGUGCAUCAGAGACCUGUGCAG